GACGCAGGCUGCUGGGGCGCCAGGCAGCAGCAGUAGCUGUCCCGUCAUCAGCUCACACCCAACGGGGCUGCAGCGCACCGCUCCUCCGGCGUGAACAUCAUGACACCCCGAUUCAAAACCGCAAUCUGAGCCGCACUGAGGGAAUCGGCGGAGGACUGUUAGCAACGGACGUGGAUACACACACACUCAUGCACAUAUACAUACACAUUAACAGGCGCACACACAGGAUCGCUAAUAUUGCAGCGGCCACCAGCAGCACAGCACAGACUGGAGCUGUGACCGAGGCGAACUCCACUGCUCCGUGGAAUUGCUCUCUUCGCCCCAGAGACGCGUCCCGCUCGGACCCCUGCUAAAGAAAUCCCUCCCCGCGAGUCGUUUCACGCCAAAAAUGUCUUCUUCGGGCAAGGACGCCAACAGCGGGCAUUACGCCAACUAUGUGGGACCGUACCGCCUGGAGAAGACGCUGGGCAAAGGACAGACAGGUCUGGUGAAGCUGGGUGUCCACUGUGUCACAAACCAGAAAGUUGCCAUAAAGAUUGUCAACAGAGAAAAGCUCAGUGAGUCAGUUCUUAUGAAGGUGGAGCGGGAGAUAGCUAUUCUCAAACUCAUAGAGCAUCCUCACGUUUUAAAGCUGCACGACGUCUACGAAAACAAGAAAUACCUAUACCUGGUGCUAGAGCAUGUGUCUGGUGGGGAGCUUUUUGAUUACCUGGUGAAGAAAGGCCGGUUAACACCGAAAGAGGCUCGAAAGUUCUUCAGACAAAUCAUCUCCGCUUUGGACUUCUGCCACAGCCACUCCAUAUGCCACAGAGAUUUGAAGCCCGAGAACUUGUUGUUAGAUGAGAAGAACAACAUCAGGAUAGCAGACUUUGGCAUGGCGUCUCUGCAGGUCGGGGACAGUCUGCUGGAGACCAGCUGCGGAUCUCCACACUACGCCUGCCCAGAGGUUAUCAGGGGGGAGAAGUAUGAUGGGAGGAAAGCCGAUGCGUGGAGCUGUGGAGUCAUCCUGUUUGCACUUUUAGUGGGUGCUCUUCCUUUUGAUGACGACAACCUGAGAAACCUGCUGGAGAAGGUGAAGCUGGGAGUUUUCCACAUGCCUCACUUUAUCCCUCCAGACUGUCAGAACCUUCUGCGUGGCAUGAUUGAAGUAGACCCCAUCAAGAGGCUGACGUUGGAGCAGAUCCAGAAGCAUACGUGGUAUCUAGCUGGAAAGAACGAGCCAGAACCCGAGCAGCCCAUCCCCAGGAAGGUGGCCAUCAGAACACUCGCUUCGGUCGAAGAGAUCGACCCCGACGUCCUGGAGAGCAUGCACUCCCUGGGCUGCUUCAGAGACAAGGACAAACUGACCAAAGAUCUGCUGUCUGAGGAGGACAACCAGGAAAAGAUGAUCUACUUCUUGCUACUGGACCGGAAGGAGAGGUAUCCCAGCCACGAGGACCAGAACCUGCCACCACGCAACGAGAUCGCAGACCCUCCCAGGAAGCGUGUAGACUCCCCCAUGCUGAGCCGUCACGGCAAGCGGAGGCCGGAGAGAAAGUCCAUGGAGGUGCUGAGCGUCACAGAGGGAGGGUCUCCUGUACCGGUGCGGCGAGCCAUCGACAUGGCCACACACGGACAGAGCAAAUCUGUUUUCAGUAAGAGCUUGGAUAUCACAAACGCUAACUGCAGCAAGGAGGAAAGGUCACGGUCAAUCAGUGGAGCGUCCUCUGGUCUGUCCACCAGUCCUCUCAGCAGUCCCAGGCCCAUCCGGCGGUUUUUUAUCCCACCCCAAUCUCCAGACCUAUGCCAGUCCCCCAACUGCAGCCCCACCCACUCCCCCGAGGUCCGCCUUAAUGGGGUGGGGCCCCGUACACAUAACUCCUACCAGCCAAAGAUGGGCUCGCCCAUCAUGCACCCCCGCACACAGACCCUCCCUGCUAAGCCCAAAGUAUCUGAGAAGCCCCUGCAAACCACCAGGUCCAACCCACUCCCUAACACGGACCAGACUGCCACCACCCCUAAAUCUGAGCCCUCCACCCCGAGCCAGCCUCUGGCCCCUUGCAUCCCCAACAGCCCCCGGGUGAGGCGCCACCCUCCCCUUACCGUUCCCCCCAAGCUUUCUAUCCCUCUCUCCCCGGUGCCUCCGAUGUCCCCACUCCGCCGCCACCACCUCCACCCUGACCACAACGCCAAAUCUGUCCCCAUCACGCAGGUGACUCCCCACCCCUCCCCCAGAGGGAGCCCUCUCCCAACCCCCAAAGGCACCCCAGUGCACACGCCCAAGGACAGCCCGGCUGGCACGCCCAGCCCGACACCACCGCCCAGCCCUUCCAUUGGUGGCAUGCCCUGGAGGACGCGCCUCAACUCCAUCAAGAACAGCUUCCUCGGCUCACCACGCUUCCACCGCAGGAAAAUGCAAGUUCCCACCCAGGAGGAUAUGUCCAGUCUCACCCCAGACUCCUCGCCAGAACUGGCUAAGAAGUCAUGGUUUGGAAACUUCAUCAAUCUGGAGAAGGAGGAGCAGAUCUUCAUAGUCAUCAAAGACAAACCUCUUAGCUCCAUAAAGGCCGACAUUGUGCACGCCUUCCUUUCUAUUCCCAGUCUGAGCCACAGCGUCAUCUCUCAGACCAGUUUCCGGGCAGAGUACAAGUCCACAGCUGGUCCGACGGUUUUCCAGAAGCCGGUGAAGUUCCAGGUGGACAUCACCUACACCGAGAGCACCAGCGCCACAAAGGAGAACGGCAUAUAUUCUGUCACCUUCACCUUGCUCUCAGGCCCUAGCCGCCGCUUCAAGCGUGUGGUGGAGACCAUCCAGGCCCAGCUGCUCAGCUCCAACGACCAGCCUGGCAUCCAGCCACAAAUAUCCGAUGGCUCUCAGCGCUCAGCUUCUUUGCCCAGUAAAUCCUCCAAGCGUGGCAGCCCGUUGAGUAACUUCUUUGACGUAAUUAAACAGCUUUUUUCAGACGAGAAGAACAUCCAAGCGUCCCACUCCCCCGGCGCCACGCCUAGCUCCCCCACCAAGCAUACCCCCAGCAGCAAGCCCAACCAGCCCCCACCUAAUGACUCUAAAUGCCCCCCUGGCAAAGACAAAACAAAGAUGGCUGCCAGCAGCAGGACACAGGAACAACCUUAAGGAGCCGUAGCUGUGCAUGACUAGAUGAAAGCAGUAAUCAGGUCAUUAAAUAAGAGAAAUUAGGAGAGCUGCUAACUUUGCCCUUUAGUUAAGAAUAAAACAAGAAGAUCUACUUUUUGCCUAUAAAUUUUGUACUUAAUAAUGGGAAUGGCUAUUUCAGUUUAAAGGUCGAUCAGUAUUUUACAAUAAGUAGCAGAUGUAGCUUCGUCGUCCCUACCUUGUGUCCCUCUCUGUGUCCUCCUCACAUGUGUGAUGGCUUGACUUGUCUCUGCCACCAGGGAUCAUCCAUAAUAACUAUUAACCUUGGCGAGAUGGCUGACAGCGGCCUGCUGGGCCUGCCAGCACCAGGAGAGUUUGAAACUGGAAAAGACUGAGGACCACUUCCCUAGCCCACUUGAAUCCACUCCCCCCGCCCUAUAUCUUUGAGUCUCUUCCUGCUGCCGCAUCAGUAGAGUACACUUCACCCCGCCAGACCAAACACAGACACGUCUUGGAAGACUUGUAAAAAGAAAAAAAGCCUUAAGACAGUGACGUUUGUCAGUCUGCACACAUGUAUACCCUCUCCCUCUUUCUUCCAUUUCUCCUACAUGUACAUAAAAAAAUGCACCCACACAUACACCUCGGCAUAAACAACCUGUUCGCGUGAUGAACUUGAAAUCGAGAUGGGAUGCAGGAGCGAUGGAAGAAAGCAAAGGUGGACGGAUGGAUCAACAAACACUGGCUGGAUUGUAAUUCUUUUUAAAAUCAUAUUUCUUUGUGAGCAGCAGGUUCUUUUAGCUCGCUCUGUGGUGUUUCUGUACAUGGGUUCUUGCAAUUAAAGACUGCCCAUAAAAGUAUGAUAAAGAGGGUUGGCGGUGGUAAUAUUAUAUAAAUGAAUGAUCUAUUCUGUUGUACAGACUAAACUAUGUCCCUGCUUAGUGUCAAAAAGUGUAGUAGUGGCAUUAUGUUUUAGAGUUUUUGCCAUAUUUUCUUUUGUAUUCACGAACAGGCACGGCCACACCAGCAUUUGAAAUGUUUCAUUGUAACAGUAGAUGGUGCUCACAUACAGGAAGAGACCUGCAACAGAGGUCGUGGGGAGUCAAGAAAUAAUGCAACUGCUAGCGAUAACGGCAAAACAACCUUUGUUAAUGUGAGGUACACGAAUAGUAAUCUAAAUGAGCUAGUUAGCUAGCUGCAGACUUGCUAGCUAAACUUAGUUUCUCACUUCAGACGGAAGAGCCCAUUACGGUAAAAAAUAGAAAAUGCUCAAAAAGCCAUCUUGGAUUUAGCGCUAGCAAGUUCUUGCUAGCUAGCGCGUUGACCGUUAACAUUGCCCAGGAAAUUUUGCUGGUGUGACCAGGCCUUUUUGCUUAGUCGUCUCCUUUUUAUUUUGCACUUUGAACACUUAUCUUGAGUUACACCAUUUCAGUAUGUUUUAAAUUUUCUCUUUUAUUCCCCAAGUUCUUUUAGAUUAUCUGCAGGUUUCAGACAAUAUUGAACUGCUGUGUAUAUUUUUGUACUUUACUGUAUUUUGUCAUUUUUUUAAUUUAAUUUAUUAUUGUUUAUUUAUAUGAAAGAUGUAGAGAAUGUUUCUUAAUGUCAGAUUAUUUAAGGAUAUUUUUGUCAUGUUUAAUUUAUUUGACCACUGAGAAAUGAAAACAUUUGUGUCUGUUUGUUGCUUUCCCUGGGUUUUGAUGCAAGAAACCUUGUAAUAUAUGUUUGGGAAAAUAAUUUACUGUAAUUUAAGAAUGUAGUUUUAGCCUCUUUGAGAGGAACAAACCCUUUGUUGAUAACUGUCCUUUUCCCCAUGCCCCGUGCGCGUAUGACGGCUCAGAACUCACCAAACACUCAUUCUGUAAAUAAGCCGAGUUUACUGGCAAGCUUAUUUAAAAAAGAAAAGAAAAAAACCACAAAAAAACAAGGGGAUCCCUAUUCUUAGCUUUGACCUUGUAUGGUUGUUUGCAUGUUCAGCAUUUGUCUUUUCUUUGCAUGUUGUCGUUGGAAUUGUUCUCCUCUUCCCCUUUUCUCUACACGUUUCAGUUCUUUAUGUGCAUUCAUUUGAAUUUGCCUUUUUGUUUUUUUACAUUUUCAUUUAAUUUGCUGUCCUUUCUCUUUUUUGAUUACUGUGUGCACACAGUAACCGUGCAAUGCAUUCUCCUUACUCAUUCUCUCAAAGAGGGACCUUGCUGGCAAUUGGGUCACUCACUCAGCCCAUCUGGGUGUGUGUUGAGUUGUCAGAAAGGAAAAUUAAAGCAAUACCUUUCAUCAUUCGCUUUCCUCUUUUUCUACUGUGGGAAUCCAGAGCACACAGAAUGGACUCUUCGGUACUGAGCGCUACUACUGAGCAGGAUAACCAUUUGCAAUGUAUUCCCUUGUGAUGUUACUGUGAACAACUUCAGUGCUAAAGGAAAUAAAUCUGUUGACUUUGGAGUAGUA